AUGGAUAUAAUCGACACUGAGGAAAAACCACAAAGCUACUUUUUCUUUCAGCUCUUUACAAUUAUUACUACCUUUUCUUCAGUUCCUAUUGUGCUGUUUGUAUUUCUUCAAGAACCUAGAGAAAAACCUGAAUCAUACCCAGCUUUUUAUGCAGAGUUUUUUAGCUACUUUUAUUGUUUUUUGUUCUUUUUGUGGACUUGGGCGUACUUUACAACUUGUGCAUCAGGGCAAACUAAAAUAAAAAAUGCUAUGGUGAAUUAUAUUUAGAUAGGCUUCUCAGGAGGCCAUUGUGAGAAAUGCAAAAUUACAAAGCCAGACCGGGCUCACCAUUGUUCAGCGUGUGGGACUUGUAUUGCUAAGAUGGAUCAUCAUUGUGUGUGGACAAAUACGUGUGUAGGGUACUAUAACUACAAAACUUUUCUAUUAUUUGUAGGAUAUCUUUCGUUAGGGACCUAUACUUAUGAUUAUUUAUCUUAUGAAUAUAUAGUGGCGCCUGAUAAAUUUAAUCUGUGAAUUGCAUUGAAGAUUUUAGUGUAUUUAGAAACAGCAAUUGUGUAUAUAACAACAUUUUUAGCUACGGCGCUGUUUUCAACGCAUAUAUUAAUGGCAUUAAUCAACUUAACAACUAUAGAAUAUAUAAAGGGAAAGCCAUUCAUAUAUCCAUUUUGCUACAGUGAGAUAGAUGCAGCUGCAAAUCAGCAUCAUUUAGGUCCAGCAGUUAAUUGAUUAGAAAUUUUUGGAAAAAAUCCUCUAUUUUGGCCUAUUCCUAUACAACACAAAGGAAAAGAAGAUGGGCAAUUUUUUCCAACAGUUCCAUUACCGAAUGAAGAAGAUUAUAUUAAUUUUGAAAAAUUCUUUUAA